CACACAGGGCAGAUUCGGCGGCUCAAAGCUUCAGCGCGGUUCUAGUAGUGGCAAAGUGGCUUCGAGUGUUUACUUUUCACUUCGAGCUAUUUGAAAUGAGUGCACCAGCAUUGUACAGGACAACAAAACAGUUUUGUGAAGAACGCAGAACAGGACCUGAAGGAGCAAGACACAGGCCGCAUGCUCGAGUGAGAGAAACAGGGAUUCAUCUACGGAAAAUAGAAAAAGAAGUCGUCGCAAUAUUUCGUCGGGAACUUCUCACCGGCACCUCUUCUGUCUGAACGUAGCUGACCCUCUGACAAACGGACCCAAUUUUCCCUUUCCAAUUUACGUGGGAUGAGGACAGCACUCCGCAUUAAAGAAGAGGCGAGAGAUUCUUGUGACUUCUAGUCAUCACAUGCCAGGCCCUUUGGAAUCACAACUCCAAGAAAAUGCAGUUCUCUCUGGAGUUCCGCGAUCAGUCCGUGAGAGUGAAAUCCGAACCACCUGAUGUUGCAUGCCAGCCACAACAGGGCCAGGUACAUCAACAGCACUGCAGCGAACAUCCUUCAGGAGGUGAUGCUUAUGGAGUAACAGCUGGGACAUGUGACGUUAAAGAUGAAACUCUAGAGGAAUAUUCAAAGGAACAUCCAAUCGUAGAAGUGAAAACAGAGCCUUACAAUAUUGAAAUCUUGACUGGGCAGGACCAAAUGAGACACAACUGUGACUUAACAUCAGAAGAGUUCUUCCAGAGCACGGACCUGCAGCAUCACAAGCGGGCCCGCACAAGCCAGAAGCUACACAAGUGUGAUGUCUGCCCUGCAGAGUUCUGCCGGGUCUCCGAUCUACGGGUUCACAAGCGGAGGCACACGGGCGAGAAGCCACACAAGUGUGAUGUCUGCCCUGCAGAGUUCUGCCGGAUCUCGGAUCUACGGGUUCACAAGCGGAGGCACACGGGCGAGAAGCCACACAAGUGUGAUGUCUGUCCUGCAGAGUUCUGCCGGGCCUCGGAUCUACGGGAUCACAAGUGGAGGCACACGGGCGAGAAGCCACACAAGUGUGAUGUCUGUCCUGCAGAGUUCUGCCGGAUCUCGGAUCUACGGGAUCACCAGCGGAGGCACACGGGCGAGAAGCUACACAAGUGUGAUGCCUGCAGUGCAGAGUUCUGCCGGAUCUCGAGUCUGCGGGAUCACAUGCGGAGGCACACGGGUGAGAAGCCACACAAGUGUGAUGUCUGCCCUGUAGAGUUCUGCCGAAUCUCGGAUCUACGAGCUCACAAGCGGAGACACACUGGCGAGAAGCCACACAAGUGUGAUGUCUGUCCUGCAGAGUUCUGCCAGGUCUCGAGCCUGCGGGAUCACAAGCGGAGGCACGCGGGCGAGAAGCCACACAAGUGUGAUGUCUGCCCUGCAGAGUUCUACCGGCUCUGGGAUCUACGGGAACACAAGCGGACACACACGGGCGAGAAGCCAUACAAGUGUGAUGUCUGCCCUGUGGAGUUCAGCCGCACGUUCAGUCGGAAUGACUGCCUACAGCAGCACAAGCAGACACACACGGGUGAGAAGCUGUACAAGUGCGAUGUCUGCCCUGCAGAGUUCUACCGGCUCUGGGAUCUACGGGAACACAAGCGGACACACACGGGCGAGAAGCCAUACAAGUGUGAUGUCUGCCCUGUGGAGUUCAGCCGCAGUACGCAUCUAAAGGUUCAUAAGCGGAUACACACGGGUGAGAAGCAAUACAAGUGCAAUGUCUGUGCUGCAGCGUUCAGUCGGAAUGACAGCCUACAGCAGCACAAGCAGACACACACGGAGUUCAGACGGAGCCAGGCCCUACUGCAUCACAAGCGGACACACACGGGUGAGAAGCCGUACAAGUGCAAGGUCCGUGCUGCAGCCGGCAUUGUCACCUACAGAAUCACAAGAGAGAAGCCAUACAAGUGUCGUGUCUGCCCUGCAAAGUUCAGGCAGAGCCAGGCCUUACAGCAGCACAAGCGAACACACACGGGCGAGAAGCCAUACAGGUGUGAUCUCUGUCCUGCAGAAUUCCCCCAGAGUGCAGGUGUACAGCGUCAUAAGAGGAUGCACACAGGUGAGAAGCCAUACAAGUGUGAUGUCUGCCCCGCAGAGUUCAGCCGACACGGGUACCUACGGGUUCAUAAGCGGACGCACACAGGUGAGAAGCCAUACAAGUGCGACGUCUGCCCUGCGGAGUUCAGCCAGAAGGGGAACCUAGAGCACCACAAGUGGACGCACACAGGUGAGAAGCCAUACAAGUGCGACGUCUGCCCUGCGGAGUUCAGCCAGAAGGGGAACCUAGAGCACCACAAGUGGACGCACACAGGUGAGAAGCCAUACAAGUGCGACGUCUGCCCUGCGGAGUUCAGCCAGAAGGGGAACCUAGAGCACCACAAGUGGACGCACACAGGUGAGAGGCCACACAAGUGCGAUCAGAAGGGGAACCUACAGCACCACAAGCGGACGCACACAGGUGAGAAGCAGCACCACAAGCGGACGCACACAGGUGAGAAGCCAUACAAGUGCGAUGUCUGCCCUGCGGAGUUCAGCAAGAAGUGGAACCUACAGCACCACAAGCGGACGCACACAGGUGAGAAGCCAUACAAAUGCGAUGUCUGCCCUGCAGAGUUCAGCAAGAAGUGGAACCUGCAGCACCACAAGCGGACGCACACAGGUGAGAAGCCAUACAAAUGCGAUGUCUGCCCUGCAGAGUUCAGCAAGAAGUGGAACCUACAGCACCACAAGCGGACGCACACAGGUGAGAAGCCAUACAAGUGCGACGUCUGCCCUGCGGAGUUCAGCCAGAAGGGGAACCUAGAGCACCACAAGUGGACGCACACAGGUGAGAGGCCACACAAGUGCGAUGUCUGCCCUGAGGAGUUCAGCCAGAAGGGGAACCUACAGCACCACAAGCGGACGCACACAGGUGAGAAGCCAUACAAGUGCGACGUCUGCCCUGCGGAGUUCAGCCAGAAGGGGAACCUAGAGCACCACAAGUGGACGCACACAGGUGAGAGGCCACACAAGUGCGAUGUCUGCCCUGAGGAGUUCAGCCAGAAGGGGAACCUACAGCACCACAAGCGGACGCACACAGGUGAGAGGCCAUACAAGUGCGAUGUCUGCCCUGCGGAGUUCAGCCAGAAGGGGAACCUACAGCACCACAAGCGGACGCACACAGGUGAGAAGCCAUACAAGUGCGACGUCUGCCCUGCGGAGUUCAGCCAGAAGGGGAACCUAGAGCACCACAAGCGGACGCACACAGGUGAGAAGCCAUACAAGUGCGACGUCUGCCCUGCGGAGUUCAGCCAGAAGGGGAACCUAGAGCACCACAAGCGGACGCACACAGGUGAGAGGCCCUACAAGUGCGACGUCUGCCCUGCGGAGUUCAGCCAGAAGGGGAACCUACAGCACCACAAGCGGACGCACACAGGUGAGAAGCCAUACAAGUGCGACGUCUGCCCUGCAGAAAUCAGCCAGAAGGGGAACCUACAGCACCACAAGCGGACGCACACAGGUGAGAAGCCAUACAAGUGCGACGUCUGCCCUGCGGAGUUCAGCCAGAAGGGGAACCUACAGCACCACAAGCGGACGCACACAGGUGAGAAGCCAUACAAGUGCGACGUCUGCCCUGCGGAGUUCAGCCAGCAGGGGAACCUACAGCGCCACAAGCGGACGCACACAGGUGAGAAGCCAUACAAGUGCGACGUCUGCCCUGCGGAGUUCAGCCAGAAGGGGAACCUACAGCACCAAAAGCAGACGCACACAGGUGAGAAGCCAUACAAGUGCGAUGUCUGCCCUGCGGAGUUCAGCCAGAAGGGGAACCUACAGCACCACAAGCGGACGCACACAGGUGAGAAGCCAUACAAGUGCGACGUCUGCCCUGCGGAGUUCAGCCAGCAGGGGAACCUACAGCGCCACAAGCGGACGCACACAGGUGAGAAGCCAUACAAGUGCGACGUCUGCCCUGCGGAGUUCAGCCAGAAGGGGAACCUACAGCACCAAAAGCAGACGCACACAGGUGAGAAGCCAUACAAGUGCGAUGUCUGCCCUGCGGAGUUCAGCCAGAAGGGGAACCUACAGCACCACAAGCGGACGCACACAGGUGAGAAGCCAUACAAGCACCACAAGCGGACGCACACAGGUGAGAAGCCAUACAAAUGCGAUGUCUGCCCUGCAGAGUUCAGCAAGAAGUGGAACCUGCAGCACCACAAGCGGACGCACACAGGUGAGAAGCCAUACAAAUGCGAUGUCUGCCCUGCAGAGUUCAGCAAGAAGUGGAACCUACAGCACCACAAGCGAACGCACAUAGAGUUCAGCAAGAAGUGGAACCUACAGCACCACAAGCGGACGCACAUAGGUGAGAAGCCAUACAAAUGUGAUGUCUGCCUUGCAGAGUUCAUCAAGAAGUGGAACCUACAGCACCACAAGCGGACGCACAUAGGUGAGAAGCCAUACAAAUGUGAUGUCUGCCUUGCAGAGUUCAGCAAGAAGUGGAACCUACAGCACCACAAGCGGACGCACAUAGGUGAGAAGCCAUACAAAUGUGAUGUCUGCCUUGCAGAGUUCAGCAAGAAGUGGAACCUACAGCACCACAAGCGGACGCACAUAGGUGAGAAGCCAUACAAAUGUGAUGUCUGCCUUGCAGAGUUCAGCAAGAAGUGGAACCUACAGCACCACAAGCGGACGCACAUAGGUGAGAAGCCAUACAAAUGUGAUGUCUGCCUUGCAGAGUUCAGCAAGAAGUGGAACCUACAGCACCACAAGCGGACGCACAUAGGUGAGAAGCCAUACAAAUGUGAUGUCUGCCUUGCAGAGUUCAGCAAGAAGUGGAACCUACAGCACCACAAGCGGACGCACAUAGGUGAGAAGCCAUACAAAUGUGAUGUCUGCCUUGCAGAGUUCAGCAAGAAGUGGAACCUACAGCACCACAAGCGGACGCACAUAGGUGAGAAGCCAUACAAAUGUGAUGUCUGCCUUGCAGAGUUCAGCAAGAAGUGGAACCUACAGCACCACAAGCGGACGCACAUAGGUGAGAAGCCAUACAAAUGUGAUGUCUGCCUUGCAGAGUUCAGCAAGAAGUGGAACCUACAGCACCACAAGCGGACGCACAUAGGUGAGAAGCCAUACAAAUGUGAUGUCUUCCUUGCAGAGUUCAGCAAGAAGUGGAACCUACAGCACCACAAGCGGACGCACAUAGGUGAGAAGCCAUACAAAUGUGAUGUCUGCCUUGCAGAGUUCAGCAAGAAGUGGAACCUACAGCACCACAAGCGGACGCACAUAGGUGAGAAGCCAUACAAAUGUGAUGUCUGCCUUGCAGAGUUCAGCAAGAAGUGGAACCUACAGCACCACAAGCGGACGCACAUAGGUGAGAAGCCAUACAAGUGCAAUUUCUGCCCUGCAGAGUUCAGACGGAGCCAGGCCCUACCGCAUCACAAGCGGACACACACGGGAGAGAAGCCAUACAAGUGUCAUGUCUGCCCUGCAAAGUUCAGGCAGAGCCAGGCCUUACAGCAGCACAAGCGAACACACACGGGCGAGAAGCCAUACAGGUGUGAUCUCUGUCCUGCAGAAUUCACCCGGAGUGCAGGUGUACAGCGUCAUAAGAGGAUGCACACAGGUGAGAAGUCAUACAAGUGUGAUGUCUGCCCCGCAGUGUUCAGCCGACACGGGUACCUACGGGUUCAUAAGCGGACACACACGGGCGAGAAGCCAUACAAAUGUGAUGUCUGCCUUGCGGAGUUCAGCCAGAAGGGAAACCUACAGCACCACAAGAGGAUGCACACAGGCGAGAAGCUGUACAAAUGUGAUGCCUGCUCUGCAGAGUUCGGGGAGACCAGGUAA